GGCGGCGACGUCGCAGAGUUCCGAGCAGUGCGCCUCGCCUACGAGCAGCUCACCAAGGACUCUGCUUCAUCGGGGCCAGCGCCCGCGAGGGAGUCAGGGGGCCCACAGCAGCAGAAACCUGGCGGCGUGGCUCCAUUCCCGAGGGGCUUUGAUGAUCUCUUCUCCAGCUUCGCGGCACCGCCUCCUUCACGGCUGCGCGGCGAUGCGCGCAAGAGGAGGCGGCGCACUCUCGAAGAGUCCAUAGACGAGGCGUUCGCCGCCAUACCCAUCCCA